ACGAAGCGCCUCCGUAGCGCUCUCUUACUUUCUUCUCUUAUGAGACCGUGCCGUUGGGGACGACGUUUCGUUCGUCGUUCGAUCGGUCCACCACGUUUCGUCUCGCGACAUUUCUUCGCACCCUCCUAUCCCUUCGGCUCCUCCCGUUCACGGUGCCGCGUUGCAGUCUUCGGGUGCUGGUGCUCGUGUUGUUGAUGCUAGUGGUGGGUGAUAGUUUGGUGUCGUCGAUGGUGCUGGUGUCGGUGGUCGAUGGUGGUUGGUGAAUUCGAGUACAGGAGGAAGUCACCCCGUUAGGAUUCUCGAGGAGCGGCUGUUAGAAUCAUGGCGUCUUAUAGGAGCUACGGUGACACUGGCGCCUACAGAUCCAGAGUCGGCAUCGCCGCCGGCACAUUUGGGAGGGCCGCUUCUUCGACAGGAAGUAGUCUACCCAGCUGCAGAAACAGCUACUCGUCCAUCGGUUCCGGUUCCAGUCGGACUCUUGCCAAGGACAGGGUAUCUGGCUUUGGAAACGCGUUCUUGAAGAAGGACAAAAACGAAGAGAAACCUAGCUUUAAGUAUUCCACUGGUAAGGAUGCCGAUAAAAGCAGACUGCACCCGGGUAGGUCGUCGUCGGAGGACGUAAGGGCGAAAAGCCCAUUAUCGAGCAGCAGAUCCUCACUGUUGGAGAAGUACUCGUAUCCAGCUGCUAAAACUUCAGACAGACCGGCCUCCGUCUUGGACAGAUAUAACCGAGCCACUUCUCGCGAGAAGAGCAGAGAGCCCGAAGGAGUAUCCCGAUACGGAUCCAACACGUAUCCCGGAUCAGGCUUGGCUCGAAGUUAUGGAAACGAAAGUAGAAUCGAGAAGAAAGAGAGAGCCGACCAUCCACCGGUUUCCUAUCGAGGAUUACGACCGAACUCUGGAAGAAGCUCCCGUGAGCCUAGCCCGGAAGUCAGCGUUGGAAAAUCGAAUACCUUCCGGAUGUAUCCGAGAGCUUCCUCUUAUGGUCGUUCCGGUGCUUCUUCGAGUGCGUCUGAAUCAAGCUCGACGCCAAUCUCCUCCAGAUACGGUUCUUCUUCAGCAACCAGGUUCCUUUCUUCGAGAACCGGUAACGAUCGAGUUCCCGCAGCCAUAAGCUACUCCGGAUCGGACAGGUUCCGAACUUCAGGCAGUAAGCCCGUGCCAGGGAGCUCGAAGAAAGAGGAUGUUACGAAACCACCUUCGGAGAAGGAUCCUAGUCAAGAACCAUUCGUAACCUCCGCCAAAGCCGAAGAAUUCGAAGUUGACAAGAGGUUACAAGAAAGCGAAACGGUAACCAUAACCAUGAUCACUAGAGGUACGUCGCCGAGUCCACCAGCUUCUUCAUCCUUCGUGAGAAACAGAAGAGCCGACGUGGGUAUAGCGAGUCAGAAGGAAAUAGCGAGAGUCAGAAAAAAGAUCGAUUCCAAGGAUCAAGAGGUUCAGUGCGAAAAGACGGAGGAUAAUUCGAGGUUCCUGAGAUACGGUGGUGGUGGACGAAUCGCGGGUACACCAUGGACAACGUACAUAGACAAAUUUUCCUCGUCGAAUACAGCUGGAAGUCCUGGUUACGGGAGAGGGUUCAACGGCGGGGGUGGUGGUAAUUCCAGGAUGAACAGUUUCGCGUUUUCAAGGUCGAACGACAGGAACGAUCCUUCCAUGAAGGUGUCGCCUAAUUCUAGUCAAGAGGUUUCCGCAAACAGAAAUCAAAACGAGCAGAAUAACAAGGUGUUUGGUGGUUUGGGUUUCCCGAGAAGCAGCGCGGACCCGAAAGAAAAUCCGAGGAAGGAUCAAUCAGAGGGUAAACUUCAGAACGCCUCGUGUUCCGUUGGAAAGGUUGAAGGUAAAGUAGGUCGUUUAACAAGUCCACAGCAGUCUGGUAUUGUUGGAAAGUCCCAAGAAUCCAAGAGCGAGGAAACGCAGAGUAGUAGAGAAAGUUCGACGUCGAAGAGCGAGAGUUAUAGUCAAAGAAGACCGUCUAUACCGCGGUUAGGCCGCGGAACGCCGAAGAACGACGUGAAAAUCUUGAGGUCCUCGUCGAAUUCGUCGACGAAAUCUGACGGACUUCGAGAAAGAAGAGGCUCGACACCUAAGUCUGACCAUAGUUCGUUGUCUAAACUAGACGAAUCCUCUAGGAUAGUUGAAGGACAUUGCAAGGAGCAAGGCAGUGAAAUUGCAUCCCUGAAGAGUGACAAUGCAUCGGGCGGGAAGGAAUCUUUCCACGGUUCAUCCCAGAGUCGAUCAACAACACCUCAGUCGCGCAGCGGUUCAUCAAAGAAUCUUCCUCGUCAAAUGACGCGAAUCGACUCGUCAGACAGUUCCGCUGUAAAUGUGCCAAUUGGCAGAUCGAAAUCCUCGUCAGCCAGUUCGACGACGAGUCAGGGUGCAAAAAUAAAGGCGACGCCGUCGUGUUCGUCGCCAGGGAAGUCGUCCGUCGGCUCGAGCGCGUCCUCAGUGAAUCUGAGACAAGGCGGUUCGCCGGAUGCUCGUGGCAAACCACCUGUCCCGAAGAGCGACGCCGCGUCCUCCUCCUCGUCCAAGAGCAUCGUGGCAUUGAAAUACGUGAACAAGGAUUUCCGCAAGUCGACCUUGAACAUGGAGAACGGUGAUCCGUCUCGGUCCAAGUACAGCAGGAAGAAGAAGAGCAACCAACGAAGCGUGUCCGUCAGCUCUCAAGAUUCGCAAUCCGAACCGAAUUCCGAACCGAUUCGACAGGCUGCUACCUCGGACUCUUCAGGCUCGGCGAAAUCGAGCAGGUCGAGACUGAAGAUGCCGUCGAGUACGUCGAAGAUGAUUACGAAGAGUGAUUCGACUGGCAAUUCCUUCAGGCCGGAAAAAUCGAGAAGUACGUCGAAGUCACCUUCUGUAAGACGGGAAGAGAACGGAACAUCGAGUUCCAGUAGUAACGAAUCGAACUCUUCGAAUUCAUCGAGCAGCGAGGAAGAUGACGAGGAGCAACAGAUAAGGUCCAGCUCGAGACGUCGAAGGAAACGAACGUCCAAGUCUCCGUUCUGCGAGAAGAAGGGAAAAAUGAGCGCCGGCUCUUCCAGGACAAGUGUUUUAGCUUCGUCUGCCGAUGAAAUGUCUUUGACCAUGGAGAAACCACCCAGACCACCGUCCAGUCCGAGGUCCAGGAACGAUCGUUCAGGGAAAACAGAAGAGGCCAAGUCGUUCCUAAUGCGAGCACUUGCUCCAGUGACGAAUCUCUUCAAGAAUAAGCAUCAGGACUCCAGCGAAUCCGGUAAAUCAGGUGGUUGGCUGGAUUCCAACGAAGAAAACACGGACGUAAAGAAGUCGGAGCACAACGGUACGUCAUUGUCGAAGAGUUUGUCGAAGAGUUUCAGCUUCACAAACUCGGAGAAAAGCGAGGAGAGAAAGCAACAGAGUAACGGGAGGAUAAGACGUAAUUAUUCUGGGGAGCAGCCCUGGUGGAUGAAUCCGAACUGCGACAACGUUCCUGAAGGCGUCGAAACAGGAAGCGUGUGUAACGACGACAUUAGCCAAGAAACGACCGUCAGCGGUGCUUUACCUGACGAUGGAAAAUUUAAAUACAAGGUAUGGAGACAAGAAUCAGAAGAACGAGCCUGGUGGUUCGAUGCGAACGACAGUGUAGCCUCGGGGGAGGCUAAGAAACAGAGCUCGACGACGACUUCGAGACAAGAAUCGGUGGAGAAAGGCCGAUGGUUAGAUUCUAAUGAUAGCGGGCCGUCGGAGGAGACGAAGAAACAAUCUUUCUCGACAGCCUCGAUGCACGAUACUGGAGAGAGAGCUCGAUGGUUGGAUGGAAACGACAGCCAUCCCUCGGAGGAAUCGAAAAAAUCAUCGUGUUCGACGGGGUGGAGGCAAGAAUCCGGGGAUAGAGGUUGCUGGUUGGACGCGAACGACGGUGUUCCAUCGGAUGACUCGAAAAAGCCAUUCCCCGCAGCUUCUCCCGUUCAGAAACGAGAAUCGAGUCGUUCUAGCACCCGAUCCAGCGAUAAAAGAAGUCGGAUCAAACAUCAGCAAUCCGGGGAACGAGCAUGGUGGAUGAGCAACGAUCCUGAUAACGUACCUGAAGGAAUUGAAGUGAUUCCUAUAACUACAGACAGUGCAGAAAACAUAAACGAUUACCCGGAUGAAGUUGAUGACAGUCAGUCUUAUGGGAGAAUGUUUAAUAAAAUUAGACACAUCGAGUCUGGUGAGAAACCAUGGUGGAUGGACAGUUCGUCGAAGGUGCCUGACGGUGUCGUCAAGAUUCCAGUGGAAACUUCGAACAGCACAUCGGACUCGUCCGAAUCGUUUGAGAGAAUCGAUAUUGGCGUUAACCCUGAACCUGAGAUGUACACGAAGAGAAGCCUCUCUAGAUUCCCUAUCGAAUUUCCGCCACCUCCGCCUGACGAGCCACUCGGGGAUCGCGCCAGUCCCGAAGGGGUAGAAAAUCCUCCCGAUCCACCAGACAAUUACGGGGGACGCGACUCGCCUUACGACAACGUGCAACCAACACCCCGAAGAUCGUCGCCAAGGAAACGACCCUCCACGUUACCGCUAUUCAUCGGCGAGCACACUAACAUCGAUGACCUGUUGGGUGACACGAGCAACCUCUGUCCCAGUCCUGUCUUGUCUCGCAUUCGUAAACGCGAGCCCAUCGAAGAGGAUACCGACGAAGAGAGUUCAGAAUGCGAGGAGAUCGAUGCCACCCAAGUGAUCAUUCACGAUAGCACACCCAAGACACCGGUGAUACAACGACGACAUCGGGACAACGAGAGGCCACAACCUGAUGGCUACAUUCCGAUACGCAUACUGAAAGUCGGGCGAUCGAUGGAAGAGCGCGAAAAACUAGGAAGACGAAACAUCCGAGUUUUCUUUUCUCGUCACGAACCUCCGUCGACGGUCUGACGAAAAUAAAUCGGCAGCUUUUCACGUUCGUUCAUCGUCAACCUUUCCUCCUCUCUCUCUCUCUCUCUUUCUCUCGUUCACAAUAAAA